CAGCGUGGCUUGGCCCAGGCUGAGACGCCCAACCUCUGUAGCUACGGCACAUCGCCUCCGGGGGUCCUGGAAAUUGAGCUUUGCGAGGACAGGGAAUUGAUUGUGAAAGUUGGACCCAACUGUGUAUAGGUCUGCGCGUUAUCACCUAAGGAGCUUGUGGAACGGAUAGAGCGACAAAAAGCAAUGGUUACUAGACAGAAGAACUCCACGGCCCUAGCUGGAGGGGCUAGCUUUGUUGUAGCCCGGAAACUGCCAUCAGGCGAUGUGGUAAUGAUAGCAAAUAGUGCGGCAGGGGCUAAGACCCUCCGCAGGCACACCGAGUGGCUAAGGGCGUUCGGGCCAGGCUCGAUCGUCCAGGAACCGUUAUGGGGGGUUGUGGCGUAUAAUGUUCCGGUGAAAUCGAUGAAGCUUACCCCGGAGACGAUGACCAACGUCGCAGCUGAACUGCUCGCGCAGAAUAACUGGGGAGAAGCUGCCAGGAUUCAGUAUGUCGGCUGGCUGAAGCGGCCGGGGGCACGAGCAGAGGGCUCGGUCCUAAUCGAGUUCACUAGCCCAAUAGUGGCUAACCACGCGAUCGUCACUGGUGUCGUCUAUGGUAAGCAAAUCCAUCAUGCUGUGCGUUUCUGCUGGGAAGGGCGGACAAAGCUAUGCAGGAAAUGCUAAAAGCCGGGGCAUAUCCAGUCACACUGUUCCAAUGACUUCAAAUGUGGCCACUGCGCCGAUGGGCACCCGACCUGGGAGUGCCCAUCGAC